GCCAAAUUGACUGAGUUAUAAAAAGAAAUGCGUUAUUUCCUGGUGCUACUUCUGAUAGUUGCUCUCAUCGCCGUGGCCACUGAGGCUCAACAGCGCAACCGAAGGCAACAACAACGUGCUGUGCGCACGAGAGCGCUAACCAAAAGUCGUACCAAGUCUUCGACGGCAAAAAAAGGAAACAAUUUGAGAACACGGAAUGCCAAUACCAAUACCAAUACCAAUACCAAUGGGAAGAGUGUUAGUGCUCGGACCACAAAAGGUCGAUCUGCACGGGUCUAUAGCAGUUCCAGUAGUACUUCCAGUACCCCAUCUGCCCGUUGUGUGAUCUAUACCCGAAAUUGCAAUGUCGAUUCCUAUGUGUGUGCCCGUUGGAGCUUGACAAGGAAGUGUCAUCUUUAUAGGAAUCGCUGCCGUCUAGAGAGAGUUAAUUGUCUAAAUACCAAGUCAAGUUGGAAUCAAGUGGGCAUUAACAAUUGUUCGAGUCUAGCUGUAAAUGGAACUGGAACAUGUACAAGUACUUUCUCAACUUCCACAUCAUCAUCAUCGUCCUCGAGCAGCAGUCCUUGGUCAAGCAUUCUCUCAUCCAUAUUGGGAACAACGUAUUCGUCAAGUUCAACUUCAAAUGUUAGGCCUAUUAUCAUAAGAACCGGUUAG